CCUUGCUCAUUAUCCUCGCUCGUGUAGUCCUGUGGGGCAAUCGGUAGUGAGAGCCUCCUAGCUACAUCGUUCUGUAUUUGAAUCGUUACUGAGAAAAAUCAAUCGGUGUGGCACGGACGGAGCUAUUCCACYCCGAGAAAUCUACUACACCUACCGUCAAGCACGCACGCCCAUUCGGUGACGUGCUCGAGCAUGUCCACAUCAGAGAUUGUCACGGAUCUACCCGCGAGCACCCUGCCCUGCUCCCCUUUGCGCUGCGAUUCUACCACUCUGACAUAUUGGGGAUUCAACGAUUCGCAGUGAAGGAAUAGGAAACCACAGCCGGAUUACCAAACAUGGGUUUCUACGGCACUUUAAAGAUGAUUUUCUAUAAAAUGAAGAGAAAGUUGGACCAUGGCCCAGAGGUCCGAUCUUUCCCUUCAGGAAAAAAGCCCUGCAAAGGCUCCGAGUAUCCAAGUGCUACAGGGCUGGUCCCCUACCCAGCCACCCCCACCACGUUUGGGCACAUCAGGACAGCUAACGGUCAGGGGCAGCAGAGGCGGCGUAUCACCUCCAUCCCUUCUCCCACAGGUCUCCAGGAAUGGCUCCGGACAUUUCAGACUCCCCUCUGCGCAGUCUCCCUUCUGUCUCUUUUCUAUCCCUCCUGCGGGCCUCUCUUCAUCUAUGUUCGUAGCCCUGGUCGCUACCUGGCGCCCUUGCACUACUUUUCUACCCCGCUAGUAACCUUCACUAGAUCCCUGGCCUCUGAUAUCCAUAACCCUUCAUCCUCCUCGCCUCUGCGUCUUGUCUAUGGAAUCCACAUUUCCUGCUCCUCCCUUCUUGUCGACCGCGUCUUCCUCCGUAGUCUCACAGAGUCCCUUAACGAGAUGGCUCUUCAGCUGCACCGCCUCACUGUACAGCUGCAGUUUGUGAGCGGAGCGCACCGUGGAAGUUGUCGCCUCAGGCACCGUCUCCCUUCCCUCUCCACUGUGUACCUUGGUUUAGCAGAGGUUGCUGACCUCAGCAGCCUGUCUUGCGCCCCUCUCACUGUUCACCGUUUAGCCAGAGGCUGGAGUGUGAAAGGGUGUGAUAACCUUCUCUCCUCCUUUCUCUCUCUCRUUCCCUCCAUCCUUCCUCUCUUCCGUCAGUUGGCCCUGUACGUGCUGUCGUUCCUUGAGCCCAAGGACCUGCUGCAGGCCGCUCAGACCUGUCGUUACUGGCGGAUCCUGGCUGAGGACAACCUCCUCUGGAGGGAGAAGUGCCGGGAGGAGGGCAUUGAUGAGCCUCUAGCCUUCAAGAAGAGGAAAAUCACCAAGCCGGGCUUCACCCACAGCCCCUGGAAGUGUGCGUACAUCAGGCAGCAUAGGAUAGACACCAACUGGAGGAGAGGAGACCUCCGAUCACCCAAGGUGCUUAAGGGUCAUGAUGACCAUGUCAUCACCUGCCUCCAGUUCUGUGGUAACCGCAUCGUCAGCGGCUCUGAUGACAACUCGCUCAAGGUCUGGUCGGCUGUCACAGGAAAGUGUCUGAGGACGUUGGUGGGCCACACGGGGGGCGUGUGGUCGUCCCAGAUGAGGGACAACAUCAUCAUCAGCGGCUCCACCGACCGGACGCUCAAGGUCUGGAACGCAGAGACGGGCGACUGUAUCCACACCCUGUACGGGCAUACCUCAACGGUGCGCUGUAUGCACCUGCACGAGAAAACGGUGGUGAGUGGUUCUCGCGACGCRACGCUGCGCGUGUGGAACGUCGAGACGGGCCAGUGUUUACACGUCCUCAUGGGCCACGUGGCGGCGGUGCGCUGCGUCCAGUACGACGGCCGCAGGGUGGUCAGCGGGGCCUACGACUUCAUGGUCAAGGUCUGGGACCCCGAGACUGAGACCUGCCUCCACACGCUGCAGGGCCACACCAACAGAGUGUACUCACUACAGUUUGAUGGGAUCCACGUGGUGAGUGGUAGCCUGGACACGUCUAUCCGGGUGUGGGAUGUGGAGACGGGUAACUGCAUCCACACUCUGACAGGUCACCAGUCCCUCACCAGCGGCAUGGAGCUCAAAGACAACAUCCUGGUCUCGGGCAACGCCGACUCCACCGUCAAGAUCUGGGACAUCAAGACGGGACAGUGCCUGCAGACGUUGCAAGGUCCCCACAAGCACCAGAGCGCCGUGACGUGCCUGCAGUUCAACAAGAACUUUGUCAUCACCAGCUCGGACGACGGCACGGUGAAGCUGUGGGACCUGAAGACGGGCGAGUUCAUCCGCAACCUGGUGACGCUGGAGAGCGGCGGCAGCGGCGGGGUGGUGUGGCGCAUCCGUGCCUCCAACACCAAGCUGGUGUGUGCCGUGGGAAGCCGCAACGGCACCGAGGAGACAAAACUACUGGUGCUAGACUUUGACGUGGACAUGAAGUGAGAGGAGAGGAGGGGAAAUGGUCGAGACGGGGACAAAUGAGGAGAGGGGAGGAGGGUUAAAGGGAGACGAGGAUGAGAUGGCUCAACAUCGAGGGUGAACGUGCCCUAAACUCUUCACUCCCACACUCAGAAACAGCCCCACCCUACCCUCAACGCUACCACCGCCCCCUCCCCCUCCUUACCUCUCCCCUCUCCCGUUUUUGACAAAGCCACAGUCGCCAACCUCACCGGCCAGCACCCGUACUUGUUACCCCUCCCACCUUAAGGGGGUGGAGUCCGAAUCAGAAGGGGUGGGGUGGAAAUGGGUGUGGCUUUAAACAGGGGUGUGGCGAGCCGCCCGCACCUCUGCGGUAGGCUGGGAGGAAGAGGAAGGAGAGGGGGAGGAACGGACUCGUCCAAUAAAGGAGGAAGAGAAGAAAGACAGGAACUCUUGAAGAAAUAACUCUGCGGCUAUAGAGGCAGCUUCUUCGCAAAAUAAACAGAGACUUGUUCACUCAAGCCUGACGCAAGCAUUUGUUCAGAUGUAUAAAGAUAUAUAAUUUUUUAUCCCCCACAUAAAGCGCCAAACGACUAUUUAAUAGAAGAACAACACUAUAUACAGUACACAAGGCAAAGACACAGGGAAACAUCAAAUUCUCAUUUGAGGAAAUUAAGUGAAUUGGAAAAAAGUUGAACACACAGACACACACUAUUAGCUAAGUAAGGAGGUUCUUGUCGUCGGGGAGAGAAUGAGAGAAACGACAUGCCAAGAAUCUGAUUGGUCCCCAAACCAGGUAUGAGCCUAUAACAUCAGGCCCUAUAUCCUGUUCUCUGUUUGUUCCAUUCUUAUUGUUCUUCAGUCUUUUAGUUCCAGGGUUUGAUUUCUUCAAAAAACACAUAGGAGCACACACACAACUGUGAAUUUGCUUUCCUGUUGUAGCUAUGUUCUUUCAAUCAGUUCAAAGACGAGGAUUUUUGUUUGUUUGUUUUUUGUUUGCCUAUUGUUGCCAACAGCAACAACUCCCAGUAUUAACCUGUUCCACUCACGUCUUUGCUUUUGUUAUCUCACCACGUUUUAUUUUCUGUUUGGGUUGUUCUUUACAUUUUUCUUUUCUUCAUAGCUGAAGUCCGGAGAUGUUACGUCUCCAGAUUUAGACAUUAUGCUGUCCUUUGUUUUUCAACGAGUCUGGCUGGGUUGGUUCCUCAAUGCUGGUUCUUACGUGGGGGGGGAAAGGUUGGGGUUCUCUUCUCGGAGCUCUUCGUGUGGAAUAGCGUCCUCCCUCCCUCCCAGUACCGUUUUCCCAGUGGGUAAACUGUAUUUAUGCUGCUAGAUAAAACUGAAAUUAAGAUGGAACUUUUACUCGCUGUGACGUUUUAGUCCCAGACUAAAUUCCAAAAUYGACUCUUCUAAUGUUUUAAACAGACGACACACAAAAGAGAGAGAGAGGGAAACAUGACAAUAACAACCGUGGUUUUGUUUCUGCCACUGAAACUUGAGCCAAACAUGCCUCAGCGAGGCUGAGAGGAGAGAGUGUUGGACAAAGACAGGUUUGCCUGCGUAGAGGAAACGAUAGGGUGUAAUGUGUGUGUGUGUGUGUGUGUGUGUGUGUGUGUGUAUGUUUUUGGGCAAAUUGUUAACACAUUCCUUGGGACAAAGUGCUUUCAGCCUGUUCUGUGGGGAACUGUGUAGAUGCUGUGUGGACUGGCAAAGAGAAAAAAGAAAAUAGCAAAUGUGUUUUUUUGUUUUUUUUUAUUGAGUGAAUGAAAGAAAGAACUGUCCAUCCAUAUGUGACUUGUUUCCAUUCAAAUGUUUGAAGCCACAUUGAUGAAUGGGCGCAAACUGACAACAAGUACAGUAGAAGGCAGGACAGUCUUAGUGUUAUGAAUAUGACAUAUUACACAUUACAGUCAAACUGUUAAGCGCUAGCUAGCUCGCGUAGCAGUUAGCCGUCUAAUGGUUUGUGAAUGGAAAAUGUACCAACAGGCAACCUGGCUUCAAGUGAACAGAACAUUGUAGCCAAAACGAUAAGUUAAACUCAAUCUCCCAAGAAAGGAGUCACACACAACUCAAGCAGAACUGUGAAAGUGGUUUAACACUGUYUAUUAAAAWAAAAAAKAAUCUUGUUCUUUCUCCUCUCUCGUUUUAUUUUUAAUCUGUUUUAAUUUAUGAUCUGGUUUGAGAAAUCAGAUGCCGCAGGUGUUUUUAUUUUUUCAGUUCAUUCAUGUAACUGCCUGGCAAAAAGAAAACAGACAGAGAAAAAAAACCUGAAAGGGAUUGUGGAUUUGUUUGAUUCAACUUAGAAUUUUUAUUUUCUUAUAACUUAAGUGCAAUAAAAUGUGAGUUUUUUUCUUCUUUCAUUUCAAGCAUUUCAGUUGUCUGUUUUUCACUGUGUUAUGUGUUCAAUAAAGCGUCUUCGGUUUAUUACAUUA